AUGGGAACAUCCCAUCGUGAAGAAGACAGAUUGAGCGUUCUUUACGAAGCAUCACGCAGAGGGUCUUUAUCAACUUUGAACUCAAUUUUGCAGAAAGAACCAUUAAUCCUCCACAAGAUCUCACAAAGUGGCUUCACCGAAACUCCUUUACACAUAUCAGCUUUGCUUGGCCACCUUGAAUUCACCAAGGCGCUUCUCACAUACAAACCCAAUCUAGCCGUUGAGGUUGAUUCUUCCAAGAACACACCCCUCCACUUGGCUUCUGCAGAAGGUCACAUCGACAUCGUGAAGGAACUUCUUAAAGUUAAUAACAAGCCAUGCUUUUAUCAGAGGGAGAAUAGAGGUUGUGAAAGAGUUGGUAAAGCGAAGCCUGAGUCUCUGAGCUUUCUUGAUGACGGAAACACUGUAUUUCACUUGUGUGUGAUACACAAUCGUUUGGAGACUCUUAAAGGUUUGGUGGAAUUGGAACUUGCCAUUUCUGGGAAGCUUCUUUACUUCACAAGUUCUGAUGGAGUGGGGAACACCGUUCUCCAUUUAGCUGUCACGUCCAGGCAAGUUGAGACUAUAAGGUACCUCCUAUCAAUUACAGAAGUAACGGAAAUGGCAAGUUUGGAGAACGACAUGGGUCUCACUGCCUAUGAAAUCCUUAAACGCAGCCCGAAAGAUUUCAAAACCCUCGAAAUUCAAGUCAUGCUGAUGGAAUAUUCUGGAACCAGAGAUGAUGAAAAGAACGGAAUCCACACUCCUUCUCACACGUCACCGCCAGUUGCAAGACCUCGAAUUCGAAGAAAGAAGAAGAAGAAGAGAAACUGUUUGAUAAGGCUUUUGAAAUGGAUUGGAGGUUGGUUCAAACACAAGGGUGACUGGGUAGAAGAAAUGAGGGGAAAUCUGAGUUUAGUGUCUACCGUUAUAGCCACCAUAACAUUUCAAUCAUUAGUUAACCCACCUGGUGGCUUCAUCCAACAAGGUUUAUCUCAAGGUUUAUCUCAAGGUCCAUCCAAUAUUGAAGCCCUAAACUGCACUGUCCUUUCUAACAACAAGUCCUAUUGCCCUGGGGAAGCUGUCUCAUCUUUUCAUUCCCAAAGUUUGUUUCUGGAGUACGUAAUUUACAAUACCAUCUCCUUCAUUUCAUCACUUAGCGUCACCCUCUUGCUUAUAAGUGGAGUUCCUAUGAAGAACAAAGCUUUGAUAUGGCUUCUAUCCAUAGGCAUGUGUAUCACUCUCACAACCCUAGCCCUUGCCUACUUAGUUGCCCUCCUAAUGGUCAUGCCAGAUCAUCUUCGGAAUGAUAAAGCAGCUUUGAUCACCAUUUUAGUUUCAAUAUUGUCCUGGGCUGGAUUGCUUGUGCUCGUUCUGGUGUUAAUCACACUGCGCUUUAUAAUUUGGAUUGUGAAGAAAUUUGUCAGAGCAAUCAAAAAACUGUUCACUUGUGGAAUUAGGGAAAGUUGA